AUGGGUUGUCACAUAGAAGAGGAUUUAGACUAUGUUUUCUGCUAUAUGGGAGAAACAAAGGGAUUGUAUGGAGUCGGAUUUCUAAUAAAAAAGGCAUGGAAAAAUAAUAUAACUAACUUUACUGGCAUUUCGGAGCGAGUAGCGUUAUUGCAAAUGAAAUUUGGCACACUAAACAUUUCUAUAAUUCAGGCAUACGCACCGACGGAAAGAUCAGACGAUACAGAGAUACAAAAAUUCUACAAUGAUCUGAAAAUAGCUCACACACUAGCCGAUGAGAAAAUCAUAAUAUUAGGAGACUUCAAUGCAAAAAUAGGGCAACCCAAAAAAGAAGAAAAACCAGUUAUGGGACAGUAUGGGUUAGGCCGAAGAAACGAAAGAGGCGAACGACUGCUAGAAUACGCAUUUGAAUAUAGACUAGCAAUAAUCAAUACUUAUUUCAAAAAAAGACCCAGCAGAAGAUGGACUUGGAAGUCACCAGACGAAAGUGUUAAAAAUGAAAUCGACUACAUCAUGACAAAUGUCCCAAAAAUAGUCCAAAAUUAUGAAGUUCUCAAUAACGUAAAGUUCCGAACAGACCAUAGACUAAUUAGAGCAACAGUCCUAUUAAACCAACCGAAAAAAAGUCGAAAAGGCUUUAAACCAGCACCAAAAAUUCCGAAAACUGAAGAAGAAAUAAGAUACUACAUAGAUAACCUGAAAUUGAAUAUCGAAAAUAAACUAGUAGACACCAGAAACGUACAAUCUUACUACGACGCGCUAGAACUAACUAUAACAAAAAGUCUAACUAACCAAAACGAUACUAAAAAAGAAAAACGACACAAAAUACUUAGCGAAGAAACAAUAGCCUUAAUUAAGAAACGCUAUGAACUAACUAUAAGUAAGAAUAAAGAUACUAAUACAAAGAAAGAACUCAGCAAAUUAUAUAAGGAAACUAGCAAAGCGAUCAAAAGAGACUAUAGUAAGCACAGACAAAAGAUAAUAACAGAAAAUCUAAACAAAUCCAGAAGCACAAGGAAAGCAUUUAAAGAAUUAAACUUAAAGAAAACUUGGAUACAAAAAUUAGAAGGCCAACACAAAGAAACUAAAACAAGACAAGAAAUCAUACAGCAGGCAACUACUUUCUACCGAGAACUAUACAAAAAUAAAGAUACAAACAUCGAGAAAGCCAACGAAUCACAGUAUUGCUAUAACACAGAAACAAUUAGACCAAUAGAAGAGAAAGAUAUAUACGCUCAGCUGAAACAACUAAAAUCAGAUAAAAGUCCUGGUCCCGAUGGAGUAACCAAUGAAGUUUUGAAAAUAGGUGCACCAGUUUUAAUUAGACCUCUUACAAAAUUAUUCAAUCUCAUACUUGAAGCCGAAAUCGUACCAAUCCAAUGCAUAAGUAAGGUCAUGCUAGAAUCUACAGGUGAUGCAAUUAAUAUCAAAAGAGGAGUCAGACAGGGGGACCCCCUGUCACCUAAAUUGUUUAUUGCGGUUCUAGAAGAUGUAUUUCAAAACACAGACUGGGAAACUAGAGGCAUAAAAAUAAACAACAGCUAUCUAAGCCAUCUCAGAUUCGCGGACGACAUAGUCAUACUGUCUGAAACAGCAAAUGAAUUACAAGACAUGCUCCGCUCUCUUGCUCAAGCAAGCUCAAAGGUAGGAUUAGAGAUGAAUGCUACAAAAACCAAAAUUAUGACAAACAGUAUAGAGCGGCCCAUCAACGUAAGGGAAAAAUCUAUAGAAUAUGUCCACAGUUACAUCUACUUAGGCAAACAAAUAUCAUUUUUGAAAACGCGCAAUGAAGAUGAAAUCGAAAGAAGAGCAAAUAUAGCGUGGAAGAAAUUUUGGUCACUCAAAGAAAUUCUAAAAGGAGACUACUCGAUAAAUCUUAAGAAAGUGGUAUUAGACACCUGUAUACUGCCUUGUCUGCUGUAUGGUUGCCAAACUUGGAUUUAUACGACAAAAGCAAAACAAAGGAUCACAACAACACAAAGAGCUAUGGAGAGAAGUAUCCUAAACAUUAGAAAAGUACAAAAAGUCAGGAGCAAAGUAAUCAGACAGAAAACAAAGAUAACAGAUGCCCUCACACAAGCUCUUAAGUUGAAAUGGCAGUGGGCAGGUCACGUUUCGAGAUACACAGACAGCAGGUGGACAAUUAUCACUACAAGAUGGAAAGGGCCAAUCGGCAAAAGAAGGGUAGGGAGACCAAAAAGACAAUGGGCAGACGAUAUAACCCAACUAUUAGGAAAAGACUGGCCAACUAUCAGCAGGGACAGAGAUGAGUGGAAAGGACUGGAGGAGGCCUUCACCCGAGGAGGGGUCCAUAUCCAAUAG